GGAAUAGCAAUUGCAGAGUCUUCGUUAGUUUCGUCCUUUCCAGUUGAUGAGGCCCAUCGCGAUUCAUCACGUGCGCAGUUGUUGACAUCCAGGCACCGCACGUGGGCGUGACGAUUGGCUGUUAUCAAGCUUGAUCGCUAACUACCAGAGCUCCACCACCAGGGUACGUUCUGCGCUACAACCACGGGGAGCUUCCUGUUCAGAGUUUGCCUUUCUUUCGCUGGGCCUUCCGGAGCCUUGGACAUUGUGUCACAUUCUUAUCCCGUCCACCAGCACCGCUUGAAGUGCGUCGAGCAGUCUCGUCGCGCCUACAUCGCCCGUCAUGAGGUUCGGCCAGCAGCUGAAGCAGUCGCUGAACAAGGACUGGCUCUUCUACUACAUCGACUACGAGGACCUGAAGACUGCCCUGCGCGUGCACCACACCUGGGACGAGAAGUCUGAGCAGAGCUUCGUCGAGCAGCUCGAGAAGGAACUCGACAAGGUCUACAGCUUCGUGCGCGUCAAGAGCGAGGAGAUCAUCCGCCGCAUAGCAUCGUCGGAGAAGGAGGUCAACACCGCUGUCGCCCGCUCGCAGGAACACUUGCAGUCUCAGCAGGCCGGCCAGGAUGGCGACCCGUUCGAAGAGGACUUUGAUCUACUCGAGGAGGAUCUCAGCGACAUCAUUGCAGAUGUUCACGACCUUGCCAAGUUCACUCAAUUGAACUACACAGGCUUCCAGAAGAUCAUAAAGAAGCAUGAUAAAAACACGCACUGGGCGCUCAAGCCUGUCUUCGCUGCCCGCCUCAAGCGCAAGCCUUUCUUCCAAGACAAUUACGACAGCUACAUUGUCAAGCUCUCGAAGCUCUACGAUAUCGUCCGCACUCGCGGCAACCCGGUCAAGGGCGACUCCUCCGCCGGUGGAAAGCAGCAGAACUUUGUUCGCCAGACCACAAAAUACUGGGUCCACCCUGACAACAUCGUCGAGUUGAAGCUCAUCAUCCUAAAGCAUCUGCCUGUGCUGGUUUUCAACCCUAACAAGGAAUUCAACGAGGAGGAUGCGUCUAUCACAUCUAUCUACUUCGAUAACACAGACACAUGGGAGCUAUACGAAGGUCGUUUGAAGAAGACAGAAGGCGCCGAGGCUAUUCGUCUGCGAUGGUAUGGAGGCAUGAACAGCGACACCAUCUUCAUUGAGCGCAAGACUCAUCGUGAAGAUUGGACCGGCGAGGAGUCGGUCAAGGCGCGUUUCAAGCUCAAGGAGAAGAACGUCAAUGACUACCUCAAGGGUAGACUGCUGCCCUCGAAGAUCUUCGAGAAGGAGCGCAGGGAGCAGAAGAGACCUGAGAAGGACAUUGCAUCUGACGAGCAGCUCGCCCGCGAGAUCCAGUACCGUGUCAUUGACCGCAGCCUGGUACCCGUUACGCGCUCCUUCUACCACCGUACCGCCUUCCAGCUUCCCGGCGAUGCUCGAGUUCGUAUCUCCCUCGACACCGAGCUUACCAUGACACGCGAAGAUAACUUGGAUGGCAAGAAGCGUGCCGGCGACAACUGGCGCCGCACAGAUAUUGGUGUAGACUGGCCCUUCAAGCAACUUCCUCCUGAGGACAAAGAGCUGUUCCCUUACGCUGUGCUCGAAGUCAAGCUGCAAACUGCAGCUGGUGCAGAGGCGCCGCAGUGGAUCCGAGACUUGACUGCAUCGCACUUGGUCGAAGCCGUCCCCAAGUUCUCCAAGUAUAUCCACGGGACCGCCACCCUGAACCCUUCGAGGAUCAACCUGCUUCCCUACUGGUACCCUCAGAUGCAUGUCGACAUCCGCAAGCCCGUCAGCCACAAGUUUGGUAUCGUGCGACCUGGCGCCAGCAACGACAUCAGUACUAGCAACACUCUUGACGACGACAGCGACGAUGACGACGCUGUCAUGGGCCUCCCUUCUGCAAAUGGGAGCCAAGAUGACGACCAACUUGGGAGACUUCGUGAAGCCCGCGAUGUCAUGGAGCAAAGCGAGAUUGCCCGCACUAGAGAAUACGGUACCCUAAGCAACGGCAACGACCCCAAUGCCCUCGAUGUCGAAGAGCGCGUCGCCGCCCAGCGCAACCAGGACAACGACUACCCCAUCUACGACUCAGACAGCGACGACGAAGACGACGACCUCGAAGAAGCGAAGCGUGUUGGCGGCCUUCACUACGCAAAGAAGUGGACAGAACACGCAGCCAAGACAGCCGGCACAAGCCUCGUCAACGGCUUCACGUUCCUCUUCCAUUUCAAGCCCACCGACGUCGGCGAGGGUGGUUUCUCCCUCGGCGUACCGACUUGGAAACAGCCGGGCGAGGUCAAGCGCUUCAAGGCGCCCAAGGGGAAGCGCAUCCACGUCCCCGUCCGUGUCGAGCCUAAGGUUCAACUUGCGACCGAGCGUACAUUCCUCUCGUGGCUCGAGUUCAGCAUCCUCAUUGGCAGUAUUGCUGCUACACUGCUCAACUUUGGUGACGGGCUGGCGUUUGCGGCUGCGUGGGCGUUUACGAUUAUUGCGUGUUUGGCGCUGCUUUACUCUGUGGGUCUCUACCUCUGGAGAGCGCGCAAGAUCCGAGAGAGAAGGGCGGUGGUGUAUCAUGAUAAGUGGGGUCCUACGCUGCUUUGCUUGGGGCUUUUCUGUGCGGUGGCGGUGAGUUUUGGGUACAGGCUGGGUAAGGGCGGUUAUGAUGGUGGACUGAAGGGGGAUUUGAAGGGUAAGCUUGGUGCUUAGAUCGGCGUGAAGCGUUACGGAAAACUGUACUUGCGGUGACUAGAGGCUUGAUCAAGCUUCAUGACGCGGUUGUUGUACAUUUGUAUAGCGUUGUUGACUAUUUUGUGUACUUUAGAAGGGCGCCAGAUCACUGACCCAGAG